UCUUCAUGGCUUUUCGUUCAUCAUGCAAUGCCCAGCAGCUACUUCUUUAGGCAACGUGUUGUGCAGCGAACCAGGCGAUGCUGCUUGCUCGUAACGACACAGCGCAAGAGCUCCCGAAAGUUCGGCCGAUUCAGCGGCUUCAGCAGUUUCCACUUUGAACCUGGAUAAAAUAGCAGCAGCGCUGUGUGUGAGGUUGUGCAAGUACUACUUGAAGUAGCUCAUCCAUUUACCUGAAAUACAAUGUAGAUCUAGGUGUAGUACUACUAGUGGAUUUGAGGUAAAACCAAUGAAAUCUGCUUGAUGCAAAGAGGGACGAUGGCGUAAUAUAACUCCGGUAAAGUCAGCCUGAACUCUACGCGGUUAGCGCAGCAGCAGCAGUAUGGCAGAAGCUGAGCCAAGCAGCUCGAGCGUCCUGCUCUCCGUUCUGCUCGAGGACAAUUCCGACGCUCUGUCUUCGGCGCUAGCGGCAAAUCCUGGUGAAAUUCUCGAGGCGCUGCAGUUGGCCAAUGUACUUGAGGUAGCAGAGUGCCAACGUCUUUGCGGCGCUGCAGAGCUCGAAAUGCUUGAUCAUCUGUUGGAUGUCAUUCCACUGAGUGAUUCUGAAAGAUGGAGGGCAGCACUCUCUGUUAUCAGGGACCAGAGUCGAGCCAAUGGAGUUGUCCAGUUUACUGAAAGCAUGGAGAAAUUCCUUACAAGUGAUGGAGACAAUUGCAAUGGAAAAAUUUCAAGAGUCACACCACCAGAGCAACAUACCAACCAGGCUGAGGUUUGUGACGAUGUUACUCCGCCAUCUGAUACUGGGGAUACGCCACAGCGCCCUGGGCACAGGAAACCGCCUUCUGCAGCUGUCGCUAUCGCCCCAAAGCCUGCCAGGAAGUCAUCGGUGCGGGAUCGGGACUCUGGGUUGCCUAGAACAGGCUCCCAUUCUUCUAUGGAACCCUACCUUGUUGGCAACGUUCUCCACUUGCCAGCUUCAGCCGAAAAGAGAAGUAUUGCGUGGCCCAGAAUGUUUGGCACUAGCAGUGGUGCCGUUGAACAACGCAGUCACAACAGGUCAGUUGAGGACAUUCCGGAAUCGUGCGAUUCGGGCCGUGUGUCGGUGUUUGACGAUGACCUGGACCAAACGGACGGAUCGCUGCCGCAGAGAGACGUCUGUUACUCUUGGAUCUCGAUCGACAAAACACUUCUCUACCAACGGAAAGAUAAAUCUCUUCCUGAGACCACCUGGAUGCUGGAAUGCGACAGUGUCACUGCUGGUGAUAUCAAAGAACUGUACGGACAGCUUGGAACUAGUGUCAAGCUCACCGCUACGCUCCAGGGACCAAGCGCCAGCAGGCCACGUGCUCUGGCAGGUACGGAGGGCGACAUCGUGGAAGUGUUUGACCGGCCGUCCGACACAACGUACCUGGUAAAGCAUACCGUGACUGGGCACAUCGGCUUAGUUGAUGUAGACCAUGUGUCAACAACGGGCAAGAUCACAUUCCCCAAAGAAUCAUCAGCUGAACUCAUCAAGCGAUUUGAAAUGGAGAAUCAUUCCGUGGAUGUCUCGGUUGUAGCCUUGUGGGAGAAGUUCAUCUCCAGCUUGCACACCGGCCUCAUGGGACCGCCGAAAGAUGCCAGCAAGCACGCAGCGCCUCUGGGAUCAUUCAAGCCGAUCGCUGGGUUGCGCUACCGGAUCAUGCGAGAUCGUACACUGGCCAGUAUCUGCUACACGGCCAGCCUGCUCUUGACCCAGUGCUGGAGCAAGAUGAGUCAUCAAAUGACUAAUCGCGCCGACGCUGAUAUCUGCAACAGUGCUAUGGACUUUCUGCUGCUGGGCCUGUCACUGCUGGUCAGUCUGGCGAAUCGACAUGACUUCUCAACAUUGCGCUGUACCGAUGAAUACAGGUUGUUUAUGGCGCGUCUCAACAACUUCUGCCUGUGCCAUUGGCGCCAAGAUACUGCGAACUAUUUCAAGGAACGGCAACGAUUGCUGGAGCAGUUUUCCAAGUCUCUGCCGCGUGGCUCUGGAGCGAUGCGAGAUGUUAUCAGCACGCUCGUAAUGGCCACUAACAUGCAGUGCGUCUACACAGUGUUCGCCCUGGUGAUCAUUGAUGGUUGCGUGCGCAGCAAAUCCUCCACAAACACUGCACACACUCAACUGGCCUGGAGGCAUGUUGCCGAGUCGCUGCAUUGGCGGGAGCCAAGUUUGCGAAAGAGCGUCUUUCUCGAUCUGUUCAGCUCUGAUCUAGAGCUGGGACUCUACCAAGGGUUCUCCUUUGUUCUUCCUAUCGUCGAGCUGUGCAGGAAGUUGUUCGAUUCUGAGCUGAUGGCUAAUGUAGUUGGCUUAGUAGGUGAAGUAUCCAUCUCGCCGUUUGUUGACUAUGCCAGCGACGCAUUGUCAGUGUGGAGAUUGGCGUCAUUCAGCAGGUCGGGGAAAGUCGGCGAGAGUGUUCGGCUGCUAUUGGAGGACACAUUGUUUCCUGAAAUGGAUGACUUCCUCCCGUUUGUAGUAUCAGCAGCUGCCUACUACCUGAAAGCAGCUACCUUGGCACACAUGAUGCGUGGUUUCAAGGAAGCAUCGACCAUGUAUGAUGUGAUCCUGCACACAGCGGACCUUAGACGUGAACAAGGACUGCAAACAAUCAUGCAGUUUGUCCUGGACGAAGUUCAGCGUGAGCACCAGUCUCUCUCCUACCUAAAUAAUGUUCUAGCCGGAAUGCGGUCCGAUGAUCCAAUGGAAAGGGAGCUGUUUGCUGGUGUCGCAAGCCUGCUGCUCAGUGGCAAAGUAGAGGUCAAAUAUUAUGCCCCUGAUAAUGUGGAAGAACUGAUGGACACCGUUGCAGGUAUCUGUGACCAUCUCAGUAUGCAUCAACUCAGGAACUAUGUCGUUGCUGAUAACCUGGAGUCUGCCAUCAUGUCCAUUCACCGCAUCUGCGGCAGCAGCGCCACUAUUACUGCUGGAGUUAUCAAGCGCUCGGCUAAGCUGCGUGAAUGCCGUGCCAAGCCGUCUCCACACGGUUCCCGUCGCAUGUCACGUGAUUUCUCCAUCGGCUACUCGGAAGCAGCUGUCUACAUGAACCAGUGCUGUGUGGUUCUGAAUGAGCUUUGUGAUGACGCUGCAUGCCUCGAUUCCAACGGGCCUCAGAUGAUCUUCUGGCUGUGGCUGUCGUCAAAGAUUGUGACGCAGUGGAAUGCGUACGAGCUGAAGGAAGCCUUCAAUCCCCUAUUGGAGCUUGCCUCACACCUACCAGACUUUGCUGAAGUGCAGAAGCAGCACCCACUGUCUAUCGUCCUGCAGGCCAUCCUCUACUCCAAGUUCUUGGGUAGCCUGAAAGUGUCCCUGUCACCUCCAAAUUACCUGGCCCUGAAGGAGAGUCCCACUGUUUGCCAGUUGCUUGGACUGUGCGAGGAUGCAUUGACUAAGUGGCACGAAGUCAACGCUGGUUUGAGCCCGAAAGACUUAUUCGAAGGCUAUUAUCAGCUAGUGGACAAUGCACAGAACGUGAGAAGGCGCCUGACAGCUGACCAAUACACGCUUGAAGAAUGCUCUACGUAUCUAACCUUCAAGGAGAACCUGAAUCAGCUCUUGAGCCAUCUUCAGCUGGAAGCCGUAGCAGACCUAACUGGCUGGAGGGAUGCCAGCAAGAAACUACACACAUUCAAGUCUCUCCUGCACUGGCUCGUAGCAAAGGAGAUCAACGGAGCGCGCACCUCGUGUGCUCGUAUCACACACCUGUCUGAGAACCGGCAAGUCAAUCUCUGUGAUGUCAACAGUGAGCUAGCCAAGACUGAAGCCCUGUACUACAAGCGCCUUGACUUCAAAGUCGACGGCGCGGUCGCCAUGAAAGCACACGAGUUUGUGGCGUCCACUGUUUCAAGAAGUAUGAUAUGCCGCCAUUUUGAGCGCUACUCUCAGACCCGAAGUAGCUACGGCAGCUCUCCACCGCUGGAACGCCGAGUGAAGUCCGUUCAUCGUGAGUUGAAAACACUGUUGCAUCCAGAGGCUCACUUUGGAAGAGUGGGUGCCGUCAUCGGUUCAGUGUUCAAGGGCUGGAACGAGCCAGCCGCCGCUAUUCUCCCAGCUAUUGAGGCGGAAAUGCGGCUGCUUCAAAGCUGCGAGCUCCUGCACGCUGAACGCAAUGCGAUUGACCAUCUGCAGCGCAUCUGCCUCUGCAGUUGUGCCCGGGAGCAAGGCGUCGUCAAGGGUUUGCUGCGCUUUAAGGUGGCGUCCAACACUGGAGAGCUCCAUGAUUUCCUGGUUGAAAACAGUCGCCGAUUUGACAGGGAUUGCUCUUUGGCCACGGCUGACCGUAACUCAACGUGUUUGUACCAAGUCAUCAAGGAUUUCAAGCCAUGGCAGUGGGACUUCUUUGUGCGCUAUGGCAAGCACGAGUACGACGAUUUAUUCAUCUUCUACAACGACGCGUUUGAGCAUCAUGAGAACUUUGAGCUGAAACUGGCGUUGGUGAACUCAAGCCUUGAGGAUCCAUAUCAAGCUGGUUUGGUCAACAGUUUCAAGUCACUGCAGCCCAUCAUGGAGCAGUUCUUCAAAGGUGGCAGAUCACUGGAAGCCAUUAUUGACUGCCUGCGAUCGCCGGCCAUUCAAGACGUAAACUUUGAUGAUGCUGUGAAGAACCUGCCAAUGGUCAGUUCGCUGCUGAAGAGCGUCAUGGAGAGCUACUUUGACACGGUUCAGAAGUAUCGCGAUGCAUUGCUUGCCGACUCGGCGUUUGCAUCAAUCAACCUGGAAGGUGAUCGGCUGACGUAUUGUUGUGAAAUUGAGCUAGACAAUGACCUCACCACCUCUGGCACCAAGAAAAAGAAGUUGCUAGAGAUGGAGGAACUCAAUGAGCUGCAGCUAUGGUUGCCGUACUUCUACCCGCAAGGUGAAUGCGGAGAUGAGGAGAGUCCCGUUGUCAACUUGGCUAAUUGUCUUUCUCUUCUCAGCACAGUGUAUGAGACUGCCAGGCGCCUGCAGGAAAACGGGCACUUUCAGUACCUGCACCGUCUUUGUGGAGUGGAGUGCUCACCUUUUCGGCUGCGCCUCGACAAGGUGAAGCAACUGUUGCAGCAGUCGGAGCUUGCUGUACGUCAAUGGCAGUCCAAACUCACCGAUCUGCGCACGAGUUGCCCUGUACUGCACCAGUUCUCAGAUCGUGACAUUGGCCACAUGCUGCAGCUUGUGCUGGACGUCAUGAUGGGAGAGGAAACCAUGACCAAUGCCUCGGUCCUCUAUUCGUACGUACUGACGCUGCGUUCGUUCGCCACGGUAUCCAUCACACUCACACCAGGUAAAGUCGCCAAUGACAUUCUCAUGGCAACCAGCUUCAGUGCAGCGCAGAACCUGGUUCGAAUCUUUUCAGCACCCAAUGCAGUCAAGGAGCACAAGACAACGGUUGCUCAUCCGAACAAGCAGUACAUGCUUGCUGUUGAUGGGUGCCUGGCACCACACAACUUUCCAACGGCACUGCUCACUGCUAUUGUCAGACAACUUGGCACGGUGCGCUUCUGUCGCACCCAGUUUCUUUUCUGCGACAGUUCGACUACGGAAAGCGCUUUGAACUGUUUCUUCAACGCUGUGACCCUGUCUCCAGACCAGCACUUUGUUGUCUGCCAACCGGAGAGCCUCUCACCGCAUUGCCAAGCACUGCUACUAACACUGCAGAUGAAGGUGAAGAUGAGGCCAGUUGGCUGUCAGGUUCAUUUCAUCACCUGCGAUAAGCCUCUCUUCGACACGUGGCCAGAUCAAGGCUUCCUGGUGAAGAAGUUACUCGACCCACUGGGCUUUAGCGAGCUUUAUGAGAACUACCAUAAGCUCAAUCGCAUUGCAGCCUUCUCCCGGCCCAAUGUGACAGCUGUCUCUGGAGGAGCUGGUGACGGAAAAUCUCAUUAUAUUCGCCGGCGUCGCUCUGAUCUGGUGGUUGUUGACAUUGCUGACUUCUCUGACACCAGUCAAUUUUGCCGAAUGCUCAUGAAGGCAUAUUAUCAGGACGAGUGUCGAUCCAUGCACAUCAGACUGGGAAUUAAGGCAAACUUGGCUGACGUGAACCGAAUCUUCUUCGAGCUCUUCUGGCUGGGUGUGCUGCGUGCUCCGUGCGGAGAACAGAUAUUUGGCUUUCAAUCGCAUGUUCAUCACCCGUGGGACUGGUACGUGGAAAUACCCGAUGAUCCUGAGCUGACGGAAGAUGGCAGUGCUCUUGACCUGGAGAGAGAUUUGCCAUUUCUGACGACAGUGUCCACAGAGAUAAUCCAUCACGACAAGUCCAUGAGCCAUGAUGCAGAUGAAGAGAGCUUGGAGAUUGAUGCCGAGAUGCGUUGGGUUGCGGGUCAUUUGAAAUGCCUUUUCGGCAACAAGCAGCAUAUGGCCGGUCAUCGCCAUGAGAGAUGCCACAAUGACAAAGAAUGCAGGCUUGCAUAUCACUUGGUCAUGCAAGACGCUUGCAAGCACUGGAAGCUGCUGAAUGACAUGUCGGCGUCUAGCAGUUGGGUAGGGAGUUCGUCCAUGACUGAGGCUGCACCGAUCAGCAAAGCCCAGGAGAUGUUGGUCUAUCGAUAUAUCUGUCGAAAAUGGACCACAACAUUGACCCGUGAAUUUGACGAGCGCUGCAAAGAAGACCGAGUGCUCUGGUUUGAUGUCUUGCGACACAUUGUACAGGAGGCAAGCUACGUGUGUCGGCCCAGGCUGCCAUUUGUUCUCAGUGAGUUCAGAUUCCCGGUACUGAUUUCAAGCACACUGGAACUCAUUUCUUCUCAGUCCGGUCGUGAGAUGAAGGAGGCGUCCGAGGGAAUGCUGGAAGGAUGCCUACCACCGGCACGGCGAAGGUUUGUGGACACCGGAAGUACCGGCGGCAAGAAGGAAGGUCUAGUCAAGUUGCUGGCAAGCACGUUCAAGAUUUCAGAAGAUGAUGUGCGCCUGGUGGUACGCCGUCGCAAGUUUGUCCUCACCGAGGACUUUGCAUUCAAGUUGGUGUUGAUCCACGAGCGACGUGAUCUUCGACAGCCGUUGAUCCUGGAAGGGGAUACUGGAACAGGAAAGACUUACUUGCUGAAGCUCUAUGCAUCACUUCUGACGCAAGCUGUGUCCGUUCAUCUUGUUCCUCUGACUCUCAGCUGGCUCCGGAAGGUCAUCUUUGGUGAGAACUGGAGCAACAUGAACUCGCAGGGCCGCAGGACCUUCCCCAAAACGGCUGGCGCAAGUGCUAGCACCAGCAGCGGUGAAAUCCAGUACCCUGAGGAUGGUGACUUUAGCAACUUCACAACCGAGGAUGUGCUGAGCAUCUGGGACCGGCUACUUCUGGCUCUGCCACCGGACUCGGCAAGGAGGGUGAAAGUGGAGUUGCAGGAUGUGAUCAAGUUCUGGAAAAACGCAUAUCCUGUCCUCAAGCCAGUCGCAACUACGGUGGAACAGUAUGUCGAGAAAGUGAUUUCCAACAGGGAAAGCAGACAACUCCUAAAGUCGUGGCUAGAAACAAAGAACAAACGCAUGUUCUACAAAGUCUUAGUGCAUCCUGGCCUGACGAAGAAGAGCAUCAUAACAAUCGUGGACAAAGCGUCUCAAACAGCCCGCAGCACUAAGCAAGCUGUUGUGGUGUUCUUUGACGAAGUCAACACGUCAAGCUGCCUGGAUCUCUUCAAGGAGAUGUUUAUUGAGAACACUAUUGGUGGCAAGAAGGACCUCUGCUCUAGGUCUGUGUUCUUCAUCUCUGCGUGCAACCCGAAAGUGACAGAGACAAAUUACUUUCAACUUCGUCGGGUAAUGGAGGAAGGAUUCGAACUGACAUAUGAUGUGCUUCAGUUGCCAAAGUCAUUGCAACUUUACGUCUGGAAGUAUGAAACCCUGGUCGGAGAAAAAGAACUUGAAGACUAUACUGCUGACAAGAUUCGGUUUCUGAGGGGCCAUCCGAUGUUGAAAGAACUGAAGCUGCAGGAGGAAUUUUCAGAAAGCGUUUUGGAUUUGCUGAGUAAAAUGCUAUUCCAUGCGUACCAGUACAGUCGCAUUAAGAUCAGGCCCAGCUUUACCAGUCAACGUGAUGUACAGCGUGUCUUCCGGCUGAUACCAUUCUUCUGGAAGGUGGAGGUCUUCAAGAUCACUCAGGAUGGAUAUCAAUCCUCAGUGCAAGCUCUGCCAGACAAGGUCCUGCAGCGCUGUAUCCUUCUCUCGGUGGCAGUCGUCUUCUAUCUCCGGCUUCCAGUUGAACCAUGUGCCAGGUACAAUGGAGCCUGUCGUGCCGAUCUUGAUGCGUAUAUCAGUGAUAAUGUGAAAAACAAGGAACUUGGAAAGGCUCCCCUUGCAACUGUAUUGGAACAAUGCAUCCGAGAAUUUGUCAAUGAGGAUAACUUCAAGAUUCCGUCUGGUGUGGCACUAACAGAUGCCCUGAAGGAGAACAUAUUUUGCAUUGUUGCCUGCAUUCAGACGAAGAUACCACUGGGAAUAAUCGGUGAGCCUGGCUGUUCCAAGACACUCAGCUUUCACAUAGUUCGGGACAAUCUGACUGGCGAUCAUGCAUCUCAGCUGUUUUGCCGGCAGUUCACGUCGGUGGACCCGUUUUUCUGCCAAUGCUCACCGGAGACGACGACAGGCCAGAUUGAGACCGUGUUUGAGAACGCGCUGACACGACAAGGUCUGUACCUGAAGACGGACAGUUCCAGAUCACCACACGUUUCCGGCAGCUCUCGGCCGUCAUCUGAUGAUGAUGAGGAGACCACUCAGAUUCAGCGCUUCUGCCAGGCAACGGUGUUCAUGGAUGAAGCGGGUUUGCCGGGCUACGAAAAGAACCGCUCCGUGAUGAAAGUACUGCACCAGUACCUUGACGAGCCGGAGGUGGCAUUCAUUGCCCUGUCCAACCGUUGGUUUGAUGCAGCCAACACCAAUCGCAUGGUCACACUGCUCCGAUCACCAUCGUCAGCCAGUGAGCUGAACUCUCUUGCGAAGGGAGUUGCUAUGUUUGCUCACCCCGGCGAUGAUUUGGUUCAGCUCAGCUCUGAAGCAGAGGACCUACUACAGGGUAUUUGUGCAGGCUAUGAGUCCGUGAUCAAGCGCCACGAGAAGUUUUUCCAUCAGCGAGACCUUAUUUCUCUGGUCCGGUGUUUACGACGUCGGAAACUGCUAGAUAAGCCAACCGAAGCUAUCGAAGAGGCCCUGCGUCGUUCAAUUGAAGAGAACUUCGGUGGUCUUGAACAGGAUGAGAGUGACUGGAUUGUGGCUGAGUUCUUCAAGAAAAUCACACUGCCCUUGUUUGACAAAGCUGCUGAGAAUGUUCCCCGAAACAGUUCUCUGCAAACGUUAUGCUCCUUGAGAGACCAAGUGGCAUUCGAUCAUCAGGCAACAAUCAGCUGCCACGUGUCAUCUAGUCCUCUGGCACCACGCUACCAGCUUCUUGUCGACGAGCUGGGCUAUGAGCAAAAUUUCCUGGACAUCCUGUUUCACAUUGGCCUCCUGAAGCGCAAUGGAGAUGAAACCAAGGUAUUCCAGGUAUCGAGCCUUUCCGGUAACGACGAGGACUUCCAAUGCUCCAACAUUCUUGCCAGCAUCAAGCAUAGCCUGGAGAAACCAUGCACAGCUGUCAUCUGUUACUCUCCCAAGCUUCAUGGCUUCCUCUAUGAGCUCUUCAAUCAGAAUUUCCGCACCUUGACUGUGCAUGGAAAGGAGUGUGCCUACUCUAGCAUUGCCAUGAAGGACAGCUCGUUUCCGUGCCAAGUUCACGAACAUUUCCGCUGCAUUGUCAUUGUUACCCGGGAGAUGGCAGCGGCGGAGAAGACGCCAUUUCUUAGCCGCUUCUCGAAAUUCUCGGUGACUCUUACGGAUGUUGUGGACUACAUUGCUGCGCAGGCCAGCAAACUGCAAGAUCUUGAGGCCCUACAGCACCGGUGUGUCUCUCUGACUAGUCAUGUGGAGAAGAGGAACUUCAUUGGCUGCGGUCAGGAUCUAUUCGCUGGAACUCUCGACAUGCUACUGGUCUCACAGUUCUUCAACUCUGCCGGCGCAUUCUCACUUGGAAGCAGCCUCUCUGAUUCUACCACCGCAAUUCUGGAGUCACUAUUCCGCAUGAUUCCACUGGAGUCUUUCCUGAAUGUGUGCUCAUCCUUCGCACCAGUAGAGUUGUAUGCUCGUGUGUACUUUGAAUGUCACACGGACUUCACGUUGCAAGGGGCAAUUUCAAGGAGGAAUUCCCGGGAGCUUGGUCUGAGGAAAAUUCUGCUGAUCACGCAGUCUCCGCAGUCACGCAUUCAACAGCUCAAGGGUUUGUUGACGAGCCGGGGCCUGUCAGCAGUGCAAGUCGUGUCAGUCAGCGCGUUCCAGCACUACUCCGAGGCCAAGAAGGCUGUGAAGGACUUCAUCCAUGGUGAUGGAGACAGUAUUGUGUUUCUCUUCAACAUCUCUCAGCCAUUGCAAAAGGCAGCCAUUGGUUCCAUGCGACAGCUUAUUGACGAGCAGUGCGUGACGUGGCGGUCGGCACUUGUUGGUAAAGACAAAACAUUCGUGCUGCUGAUCUACUCGCUCCUUGAACUACGGAUGACUGACUCUGUACUCGUGUCAUUCUUCAAUGGCUGGACAUCUCAGCACGUGUCAGUUCUCGAUGAGAAGCAAGUGCAGCCACUGACGGUGCCUGAAAUCCUGAGUCUUACUGGCUCUACCCAUUCGCAGGUACCUGAUCUCAGCAGCGAUGACAUUACCGCUCGACUGAAGCCUUCUUCUGCAUGCCUUGUUGCUGAGUUCUGUUCUCGUUUGACUUGUGUGAACACAGUCAACUUAGCCAGCACCAAGAAACAUGAAGACCUUCCUGAGGAAUGGAGGCCCUUCUUCAAGCCGUUGUAUCGAAAAGCGGCCGACUCUCAGCAACAAGCAAAGGCACUACAACUGAUCCUUGGUGAUCUACCUCCGGUGUUUGAAUGGCUGGGCGAGGCAUUUCACAGCUGGGCACACCAACAUCAGAACCUUGAUGUUCUGCUCGAGACGUGCAGGAGAUCUGGUGUCAGCUCGAGACGAGGCACACUGGUGGAUGUGCUGCAUGAGGAGAUAGACACCGUUGUCAAAGACAUGAUGCAGACUAUUCUCCUUGCACUGCUGGACGACUUCAAUCUUCACAAUAUCAUGAGGCUUGGCCUAGUGAAGAGACCCAAAGAACUGCUGCACCUGUUGUCGUUUGUACCAGGCACACCGGUUCCAUUGAAUUGUGAUGGUCGUCUUGUAUCAUUGCGAGACCGAACUGCACUCACUCCGUUUUUUAAGCAGAUAUGGUGGCGAAUGGAGCAGAAUGUUGCAUCGAUGCGUGACACCAAGCUCGAUAUGGUUCACCAGGCAUUUUCAGCUGAUCCAGUUCUGAAGGACGAGUGGCUGUUCGACACCAGUGACGAUUUCCAGCAAUGCCUCAUUGCAGACUGUAUUUCUUACGUUGCGAAAUGGCCGAAACCUCGUGAGAAUAUGCACCCCAACAUUGCCAUCGGAUUUCUUGUCAAAGAAUUCAAGUCCAUGGAAUCUGGGCCAAGUCUUCUGGCGUUCGUGUGCUGCGCACUCAAACGAAAGGACUACCGCUUGAGACUGUUGUCACUGCUUCACGGAGCUGAUGUCCUGUACGAGAUUGUUGGUGAUGAUAAGUACUGCGCUCUUGAGCGUGCGCUACUGGCCAUUGCCGAUGCUGAUGACAUGGUGGAUGAUUUUGCAAAGCUCCUGGUCGACGAGUUGUGGACUGAGCUGGCCAGCUGCUUGCAGAUGCGACCUGGUGAGGAGUUCAAGAAUGCUCUGUGCACUUGGCAUCUACACUACAAAUAUAGUGACGACCAUUGGCCGCAAUCUGGUGUGCCACGUCGCUCCACACAGCUCAGUCAGUUACUGGAGUCAUCCAUUUCCUUCGCUCGACUCAAGUUGCCAGGCAAAGCAGUCCUCUUGGAGACGGUUAGUAUGGUAAUUGACUGCUUCUCCUCGAACGAUGUCUACCUGCAGAGCUUCUUGGCUCGCUACGUCAAGCAGUUCAUUGUCAAUGAGGACUGGACAAAGAUAAGUUACGAGGAAGCCACUCUGGGAAAGACCAUAGCAACACUGCUGCGCAAGCUCCGGACGCACAGCCCGUAUGACGAGGCUGUGCAGGUCAUGCUGCAUUGUGCCAGGUGGCUUCUGAUUGGCAUGGAAGGCAGACAACUAGCCAGCAUGAAGGACCUGCGCGUGGAUGGUGGUUGCAGCCAGACUCUGAGUAUCCUGAACAGCACAGACUUGGGCAAUGGUUGCGCGGUACCACUGGCCAUCGGUGCCGGUAUGCUAGAAGACCUGGUGGACAUCAUCACUGAACAAAACCUGAGCCCAGUCAGCGUGGCUAUUCGGAACACAGUUGAUCAUGCUCUCGGUGAUGCACUGAUUGGCAAUGCUCUGUUCAGACAAUGUACUUACUACCCGGCAAUGUAUGUCCCACCCUACUUUCCCAGUAGCUUUGCUGAAAUCAACCGAGUGCCGAAAGAAGUCAUUUCAGUGAUGAACAGCCCUUUAGCCCAUGCAUUCUUCCUGAUGGUCUUCAAGCGUGAUGGUCGGUCCGACCGAAACUUAAUGCUUCUGGUGGAAACCGCUCACAUGGCUGGUGAAAUUGGCACGGGAACGUCCUUUGGAGCCUGGACUGUGGAGAAGUGCUGCUGUAUUCUGCUGGCGUUUCGCCUUGCCGCUGUGACCACGGCUGGCUUUGCGCGUGUUUUCAACAGCAAGACAGACGGCAGUCGCAUGUGGGAGCUCAGAUUUGAAGAUGCCAGACACGUGGCCAGGCUUUUCAAAGAGCACAAGAAGGCCAACUUGUGGCUGGAGUACUUCUUGCUGGAGGCCAGCCUGGAGCUACAGUGGGGAUCAAUGCUUGACUAUCUGACGGAAAUGAGUAAGCGAGAGGACUCCCACUGGACCAGCCAGCUGAUCAAGCCGAGUGCUGUUAUCAGCCGAAUGCAGUGUGUGACACUGAUGGAAUAUAGUAGCGAACCCUGGACACAUUUCAGGGAGGUGAAGCGGAUGUAUGCAACACUAGUGAAGGAGUUAAAGCGGAGCACAGACCCUAUAUCUGUCCUGUGCAAGGUGCUUGGAAGAAAGACACCGCCCAGGGAACUCACAGCCAGCGGAGAAGUAGCUGUUCUGAUGGCGGUGUAUGAUCAGUUUGUGCAGACAAACAGUGCCGCAGACGUUUGUGGCGUCCUGGAUGCUACCAACCUGCACUGCUCACCGGUUCUGUACGCCGCCCUGCAAAUCCUGCUGUCUGCUCCCCUGGCUAAUCUCGGCCGAGAGGCACGCGAUGUUCUCUAUGGCGCUCAACUAGCUGAACAGAAAACCGUGCGAGACAUUCUAAUUUCCUCCCUGGUGUCAUGUAUGCUGGCUCAGGAUGACAGCCACUGCAAGACAUUGUUACACGCUCCCACCGCUUUGGUUGGUUCGUAUCUGUUUGGAGCGUUCUCCAAGCGAAGCUCAAGUCUGUCGGGAGCUCAGUCUCUUCUGGACUAUUUCCAGUCCGAAGACUUGCCGCACAUGGCGUAUGAACAGAGUGCGGUGUCCACACCACUGUCUCAUGCAGCACUGGAGCUUAACACAAUCCAGACCUUUGCGGCACUGACCUGGCAUGCGUUGCUCUAUUGUGAGAAGCCGGCCACGGGAGCGUCCAGCAACGUUGUCCACCUGCGGCCGCAAAAUGCUACGUCUAAGCCUGGCUCUCCAAGCAGCCCGGCAAGCCUGGACGUCGUGGUCAAGUACAUAUAUGCCAUCAAGAGCUCCUACAAGCGCCUGCAGAAAGCUGACAUCAACAUCUCAUCAUUGAACAGCAAGUUACUUGUUUACAACUCGAUGAUGCACAUGGCAAUGGCGAUGAAAACGCCGUUCAAGGCAUUCUACACGGACAUGAGAGAUCGUGUGCACGCCGAACAGUUCUACCAGAACAUAGUCAUUGAUCCGGCUAUUCAGGCUACUUGUCAGAUCACUGAGCACAUUCUUACGCAGGAGAAAGAAGCCCUCAGCACCGAUUUUGUCAAGAUCUACCAGAACCAGCGACCGUUCGUGUUUGACCUGGCCGGAGAGAUGUGGUACAUGAUCCUGCAGAGUGGAGACCGCCACAGUGUUCUGUCUCACGUCUUUACGUACCUCGCACAGUACAAAGCAAUACGACACGUUAAGAGUCUGAUUGAGCUGCACCAGCAUGCCCUAAAGUGGUUCUCUAUGGUCUUUAUGCGCUACGAAGUCAUCGACCAACGUUUGACGAUUGGAAGGGCCAUCGAGGUCAUGCGCAGCUGGAGUGGCCAACGAUCGCAAGAAGAAGUCCGGCAGAGUCUGUACCGGGCUGUCGAUGACUACGCCGUCAUAUGCCGUGCCUUCUCCAAUCUGCCGGGCAGCAGCCAUCCAGCCUGGCUACCACAAAGACACGCGGGCAAAUGUUUGACUGCUGACUCUCUGCUGACUGAUAUCGUGUCCACAGUUGCUGGCGGUGGAGAACCGUCGUUUCUCGAGUGUAUCGUGCAGAGCGUUCUAUCCUGGCAAAUUGACCUGGUCAAGCUCUGUGCAAUGGUCUUCAGCAUCGGUGCGAGAUCCAAGCAGUCCGCCAUACUGAAGAAAGUGGAGCAGGCACUGUCUGAGAUGGAGACAGGAGUUUCACCGGAGAAAGUCGUAGCUGACAAUGGUAUAGGCCUGCUGAAUCUCACGCAGAACGACGUGGAUGAACUGGUUGAAAUAUACUGUCGCAAGUGUAAGGAUGGUGCUCGGUGGAACAUCCAUGUUGAUUUUGAAGUGCUGGAGUAUCAAUUCAUUGUACGGUGUGCAUCCAACGUGAGGAACAUUCUGUGGAAAGACAGCUGCGUACCACUUUCGUUCACUGCUGAGGAUGGUGAGCAGCUGCCUGCUGGUGAAGUUAGGGACCGCCAGCUGACCCACGAGGAGCAGUGCGCCAUUGCGCAAUGCUUGUGUGCCCUGGACAACGUCAAAGAGCUGAUGUACGACUUGAAGCGUUUUGUACAUGACCUGAAGGUCUCUCCCAUUCCCAAUGGCUCUAGAGUGGUGCUUCUGAAGGAUGCUUUGAAAUGGAAGCUAGACAAUGAAGGAAUUGAGUACCAUAGGCUGGAGCCUCUUGGUGACCUUGUGGAUGCCCGCAAAAUAGAAGCAGUGAUUUGCAUGCUGGAGUCCUACUGGCAGAACGCUGAGUCGGUGGUUUCAAAAUUUCCAGCAACUCUGCAACAUGAGAUGAGGCAGGAAGAUAAGACGCUAGUGAGCAUUGCUUUAUCGAAGCUGUUCGAAAUGGGAGCCAACGACCACUUGGAUGAACUGCAAAGGAUCAGUGUAAAGUGUAACUUGAUUGAAGAGUGUCUGAGUCUAGUCUACUCAGUUAUUCCCAGUAUGCUCCAGAAUCCGAGUAAGAGCAUCUGUGAAUGUAUUGGCCGGGAUGCGACGCGACCAAUAUCUGAUGCAGUCCGAGCGCUGAUAGCUGAGUUCCCUCGGUCCAUUCUGGGUUUUCACAGCAAGCAGCUUCUGAGCAUCAUAGCCAGCUUCCUGAGAGAGAAACAGCUUGACAAGGAGGCACUACAAGCUCGCUCAUUGACGCUCCGCGAUCCUUGCGAGCUGAGAGAGGCACCGGAUUCAGUGCUGGACGGACCUCAGCAGGUGUCCCCAGCUGAUGAGAUACGAAUGACUCCCAUCCAUUUCAAAGUACAACGAGGCCCCGGCAUGGAUGUUGUGCAGGAUAUCAAGCUUCUAGCACCAGCGGAAGCCUCGAUGGCCGAGCUCUUGACAAGCAAUGUGAAGGGAAAGGUGGCGUGCUAUUUUGUGUCGCAAGUGAUGUUUACGUUACAGGAUGUUCAGAUGGUGGAGGACUUUGAGCAUGAGGACAGCGAUCAUGCCCUUGAUGUGAUCGUCUUUGCCAAGGCCUGACGAAUGCUCUCGCUAGAGUCUUUCCUCACUCACCUCGGUGUAAAGCUGUGACUCCACCAUUCAUGGCUAUACAAGCAUUAUAUCCACGUACUACUCUUGCAGCGACCUGUUUGGGAUAAUGUUCUGAUGUUCUGGUUUUCGGUCCUGCUAUUGAGAUUAUUUGCGCCAGAGUAUUUUCUAUUCAAACUAAAUUUUUGGUUUCACUUCAUGGUCAAAUCCUUACACUUGCACGUAUUACUUCAUUCAUUUCAAAAUUAUCAAAUUUUACGAAUAUCAUGCAAGUGGAUGAUGUUACAUAAAUGGUCAUGUAUGUCAGAAUUUAUAGGUACAUUUUGUUGAAUUGCGGAUCAUUCUCACUUUCCCGUGGUGUUUGCGCGGAUGUAAGUUGCCUUCAGCCGCUUCCUCUGACACGGGGAUGUGUCCACUGCUGACCAAUGAACACAUCACGUGCUCUUCUUUCUCAGCUCUGCUUUAGAGUCCCUGCUGUACCUGGUAUCUCGUAAGCAUUCCUUCGAAUCUUUAUUUUUUUUAUUCCGACACUGCUACCGUGAAUUGAGCCCCUUCAAGUUGUUUGGCAAUCCUUGUACUAUAAAGUAGAAAUUUUAGGUGUCCUGGAUGUUUAUGUGAAGCCACGUUUUUGCAACUAGGUAGGAAGAAAAUUCUCUCUGUGGCACCACAUGGUCACAAUCAUUUCAGGUUGAUUUUAUUUUUCAAUGACCAUUAGCGUUCGGUCCAGAAACUUGACACUUUUUUACCAAAAUAUAAUUCCUACUGAAGCCUUUCUCCGGUCGUACGGUAUCGGUAUUUUCUUCUGCUUUACUGUGAAGACAUGAAUGUCCAAUUUCGCUUUUUUAUUUGAAUAUGACAAUAUGUUCCGGUACAAACGUAUGUGCAAUGAACACAUUUCCAUCCUGUGGAUAGGUGGCUUUUG